AAGACAGCAGGCAACCCAGGCUGGGCUCACGCUGAGCUGUUGUGUCUCUCAGUCUCUGGCUGUCACUCAGCUCGCUGUUUCACCUCCAUUAGACGCACCGACACGAACAGGAGACCUCUCAGCCAACAUGAACCUUUUCUGCUUCUCGCUGGAGGGGUCCAUGGACAGCCUGUAUGAGGCGGUGCAGAGCUCAAGUGAUGGCCCACCGCCGCCCAUCCCCAGCCGCUCCUCCAGCCGCACAUGCAGCCGAUCCUGCAGCCGCUCCUGCAGCCCAGCGGUCCUGCUGGAUGACAGCACAAAGUGGCGAGGCUCUGGGAGAUCUAUUUCUAUGGAGAUGCCUCCAGUGCCGGGGACCAACUCUAAUAAAAAGAAAAGAAGAACACACAUAUCCAAAUCUGCAUCAGACAAUGAAACGCUUGAUAACCCCGACUGUAAUACUACAGUUUGGCAGCCCGCCAAGAGCCGAGAAGAUUUAGUCCACAUCGCCAACAAUCACAAUGAAGAGAUGAGGAAGACAAAACACAGAACAGAAACCAAAGAAGGGAAAGGAGCUCAUCAUUGCGGCACAAAGAAAAAGGAGAAACCACACUCAAACCAGAAUGUCCAUGUUAACGGGGUGGCGACAGAGUCCAAGCCUGCUGUGAAAAGAAACCAAAAAACUGGGAAGAAACCAGGUGGAAAGAGUGGGAAGGAGGGGUCAAAGAAAAGUCACAACUCCACAGUGCACCCCCCAUCAUACGCUAUGAGCCCACCCAUGGGACCCCACUAUCUGGAUGUGCCAUACAGGUCAGACAGGAGACCUUACCUGGGCAAAGCCUCCACCCUCCCUGCUCAGGAGAACACAACCCCGGGCCGAUUCACAGACGUAGCCACCCUCCCUGGUGGAGCAACGCCCACCCACACCCACCACCAGCGCUGGAGCAACCCAGGUGACAGCAGUCCCGCCUGGGGGAACAUCCAGCACACCUGCCGCAGGCCGCUCACAGAGUAUCGCGCGUACUCCCAUGACUUCAGCACGUCCCCUGCGAAGGAGUGGGAGGGGAGACAGCAGCAGGUGCCGGCCCCCAGUGACAGCUUGACAAAGGACUGUAAACCCCAGAUUCCCCCAAAGGUGCCGCGAUCUAUCACAGACGUGGAUCUAUCAGAACCAAAUGUGAGUUUCUGCUGGUCGUUCUGUGCUUUUGAAACCAGUAAUUUGACAAUAACGUUAAAACAGGAAAAAAUGCUACAGCGAGCGGCAUCCAAUGUGUCAGACAAAACAAAGAGCAUGAAGCCAAAGCGCUCUACCAGCUUCGGCAGGUUUGAGGGUCUCAGACAUCACUCGUCUCCAGCCAAACCAGAGGAGAAUGGAACAACUAUGCUCACAGAAGAAUGUGAGACUUUGGACCCACAUAAAUCAGCUGGACUUGGGAAGAAGAUGAAGGCGAUCUCACUGACCAUGCGCAGAAAAAUGGGCAAAAAACAUGCAAAGUCUUUUUCUGAGGAGACGGGUGAUGACACAGACAAAGACCCAGAGGCAGAGACAGAGAGCAGCCCACAAACUGAGAAAACCCCUGCAAAGUCAAGCAACUCCUUAGAGAGUCUUUACAGUGGCCAGAGCUCCUCUAGUUCAGGUGGUGUGACAAGUGAGUCUAAUGGUUCAGGUCAGCGAGACAGUCUGAGGCUGGAGGAGGACGGCUCCUAUCAGGGACAGUUCUGCGGCAGAGCUCGCGUCCACACAGACUUUGUUCCCAGCCCGUAUGACACAGAUUCCCUCAAACUCAAGGUUGGCGACAUCAUCAACAUCAUCAGUAAGCCUCCAAUGGGCAUCUGGACAGGCUUGCUAAACAACAAAGUCGGCAACUUCAAGUUCAUCUAUGUAGAUGUUUUGGUGGAGAAAGAGGAAGAAGAGGAAGCACCUAAAAUUAGACAACAGAAGUUGUGCAAGAGACCUCGACCUAAAACACUGCUGGAGUUACUGGAGCGACUGAACCUCGAGGAGUACGCCUCUGCCUUGCUGCUAAAUGGCUACCAAACGGUGGAGGACCUGUUGCACCUGCAAGAGAAACACCUGAUAGAGCUGAACGUCAAGGACCCCGAGCACAGACGCAAACUUCUCACUGCUGCUGAAUACCGCUACACAGAAGGUGAUGAUGUCAAGGAUGCGGAGGAGCACAAAUCCUCCCACAGUCUACAGGAAGAAGACAGCGACUGUCCCAGAGACUCGGGCUGCUUCAUCCCAUCCGAAUGUUCAGACAGCAAAGAUGACGUAGAGCAGAUCACAGAUGCUGUGGACUCAUAACGUGAUCACCUGUCAGAUGGAUACCUUGACGUUUGGAAUUCAGUGUUGGGUUUUUUCUUAUGACUUGUUGUUUCUACAAGUAUUCCUUUUAUUUUUUCAAAAUGUCAUGUGGAUAUCCCUUGUUACAACAAGCUAGUAAAAGCUUUUUAAAAGUGUAAUAGGAAGAACAACCAAUAUUCUGAAUGUCAUCUUAUCCAUGUGUCGCUUCAUCAAAAUAAUAAUCACGUUGUAAGUUUUGAUUUUUUUGGAGUUUAUUUUAUGUUGUUGAAAAAGUGACAUUUCAUUGAUUAAAUGUCACGUGUAUUUAUUGCAUUCUCAAUCAUUUAGUGUUUUUCUCUCCAAUAUAAAGCCUUUAUUUAUCACAUCUGCGUCAUUUUCACCUCAUCAAAUCUAUUCUCAAUUCAACAUCCAGUGUAUUUUCUUUCUUUCCCUGUAAAUGAAGUGAUGUUGAGGGGAUGUUUUGGAGAUGUAGUGUCUGGGUUUGAACAGCACAUAUUCAGAUCUUGCCUAUAUAAUGUAUACUGUACAGGAAAACAUGUAUGUUAUUUUCUGAAUGUUUGUUUGUGAAUGAGUGUAUGUGUGUGUGAGAGAGAGAGCCUGCGAGUGAACUCAUGCAAAAGUCAGCAUUCAACUGUUUUGAGAACUUUUUGUAAAUAAAAUUAAAGAAAACCAAUUA